UGACAUUUCAUAACCUUAAACCCAAUUGUUUCAUUGGUUAGUCUAGUUAACAAAAUCGUUUAUUUAGUCAAUAAUUGACUGAAAACGUACGCUUUUUAGUAAAAUUUACAUUCUUAUACAAUAAAAAUAACUCCAUUGGCAACUAUCAUGUCGGUGAUUUCAGUGAAAGAUGUAGCGCAAUACCAAAAAUUAAUUGCGUCAGAAAAGGUCUCGGUGGUGUUAUUCUCAGCUGACUGGGCCGAACAGUGCUCGCAAAUAUUAGAUGUCAUGAACGAUUUGAGUAAAAAACCAGACUAUGCAUCUGCGCUACAGUUCCUCAAUGUGCCCGCCGAAGAUUUAUCCGAGCUAUCGUUGAAGCACCAAAUUGAAGCCGUUCCAACAGUGUUGUUUAUUCGUAGCGGUUCAGCCGUAGAUCGUAUUGAUGGUGUUGACAUCGCUGCGCUGUCAUUGAAGUGUAAAUCGUUUGUGGAGAAAAAUGGUGGCGGAGAUUCAAAAGAAAGUUUGAACGACCGUCUGAAGGCCUUAAUCAAUCGUGCAAAGGUGAUGAUUUUCAUGAAAGGUGAUCGAAAUACACCACGCUGUGGUUUCUCUAAGCAACUCAUACAAAUUGUCAACGAAACAAAGGUUCAAUACGAUACAUUUGACAUUUUAACCGAUGAAGAGGUGCGACAAGGACUAAAAGUUUAUUCAGACUGGCCCACAUACCCACAGGUUUAUGUGGGCGGUGAGCUGAUCGGUGGAUUGGACAUCAUCAAAGAAUUGGUAGCAAACAAUGAACUCACCUCAACAUUGAAUGGAUAAAACCAGAUAUCCAUAAUACAAUCAUUUUCAUUUUGCGAAUUGCUAACAAUUUUCAUAACGCUACAUCGCAUAAGUUCCAAUGGUAACAAUAAAAACUAACACACAAAUUUAAACUCAAA